AAAUAUUUUAAGCGGUUUGACAAGCAACUGAGCAAGCAGCUAUCAACCACGAAAAGAAAGCCGUAUCGGUGAUGAUGAUGCAAGAUUCCAAUGUAACCGAAGAAGAAUUAUAAUCAGUAAAUAAUUCUACUUUGGUAGUAGGACUGGUAGGUAAUAAUCUGGUACCCAUUUUAACCUCCCAAAUCUAUUCAGUUUCAUUCAAUUAACGGUAGGUAAAUCACCUCAUCUUUACCCAAUUAUUACUAUAUAUAAUCUCGAUUCUACUGCAAUUCAACUCAGUUCUGUGAUCAUCAGCGAGCGAUAACAUGGGUGCGAUAAAAUCGGCGAUCUGUGACGGAGUGUUGACUUUCUUGUGGGUCUUCUGUGUGUCUACUGUGGGUCCUCUUACCUACGUCAUCGCCACUGCUCUCAGUAUCAAAGGCAUUUUCUCUCUCGCCAUUACAACCGUGCUCGUGUUUCUUCUCUUGUUUAUCUUCGGCUUUAUCGGCGAGAUUCUAGGCGGCGCUACUUUUAAUCCCACCGCUACUGCCGCCUUCUAUGCCGCCGGUGUUCGCGGCGUCUCCUUGUUCUCCGCCGCUCUUCGAUUCCCUGCUCAGGCGGCUGGAGCGGUCGGUGGUGCACUAGCAAUCAAGGAAGUUAUGCCUGAGCAAUAUAAGCACAUGUUGAAAGGGCCUUCUUUGAAAGUUGACUUGCACACUGGGGCUAUCGCGGAGACGGUGUUGACCUUUACAAUUACCUUUGCUGUGCUUUUCAUUGUUCUGAGGGGUCCCAGGAGCCCAAUUGUGAAGACAUGGUUGCUUGCCAUGUCAACUGUAACGUUGAUUGUCCUCGGCGCCAGUUAUACAGGUCCUUCUAUGAAUCCAGCAAACGCCUUUGGCUGGGCAUACGUGAACAACAGACACAACACAUGGGAUCAUUUAUAUGUUUACUGGAUAUGCCCCUUUGUCGGCGCCAUUUUAUCUGCUUGGAUUUUCCGUGCAAUUUUCCCACCCCCUGUAAAGCAGAAGAAAGCCUAAACUGCCAGAUGCAGAGGAAUUCAGCAUCUGUCCUGAUAUUCAGAUACAAAUCUGGAUUAUUAUUAGUCUUAGAUUUGAACUUGGAUUGUGGAUUAAUGCAGUAGUAAACAAAUUCAGCAGAUUGUAUCUGUAUUUACAUUGCUGAGCUACUGCUUUGCAUAAUAUACCAACUUUCUAGUAAAUUAUUAGAAGUUACUAUC